CCGACCACCUAGUCAUUUCAUCUAUUGUUUUUAUUUGCGUCACGAAUGAAAGACUCGCUUGACGGGAAACGGGGAGUGUUCGGGGCCGCUCGGUGUAAACAAAUAACGGCGAUAAAGAAACAUUUCGUCAUUUCUGAGACUAAAUUUAACUCGCUUAACUCCAAUAUAAAGGAAACAUUUAUGUUAUUGCAACACAAAUUGUAGGAAGCUAGGCGGUAUGACGAUAGUUGGUUUGUCGGUAAUGUGUUUCUCUUAAAAGUAGAUCGGGCUAUUGCAGUUCAAUAUUCAGGGUGUGCGGACCAAUAACAUACUACAGACCAGAACACUGUUUUUGUAUUAAAUGGUUCUUAAACUGAAACCAUUGUGACACAGGAUUGUUUGAAACAUACAGCGUCACGUUUAUUGAAGACAUUAUUGAAUAACCAUCUGGUACUUCCGAUAAAGUUCGUCUUUUUGUUUGCAUUGAACUGUGAGACUGAAAUAGCGUAAAGCAUGGACCCGUUUGCUGUGACUACUUGUGUAUACUUUUGCUUAUAUCUGUCUUCUAAUAUCAUAAUAGCCCACGGAAUACCUGUGCCAGAAAUUGAAGAUGAAUUACAAAAGAUCCGUAUAGUGCGAAGUAUCCAUGCAAUCAACGACCGCCUUUGUCCGCUCGGCACUAGUUCGGAUCUGUGCUUUCAAAAGCAUCUACAGUUGUAUUUUAAGAUGCAGGGAGGCGUUAUGGACCCCGUCUCACAACGCAAUAUCGGUAAGCGAAGCUUCCCAGAGCCGGGGUCCAGAGAUUUUGGGGAGGAUGUUGGAUGGAGUCGUGUUCCAUCAAAUGGAAGAAAUUCCGCGGAUGAUAUAGAUCUGCAAGAAAGUCUUGACCAAAUGCAAAGCUAUCUUAAUGAAGUCGCUUAUGACAACAGGGGUAGUUAUGUAUUAUCAAACGAGAAGGAGUUCGAUACCAUAAACAAUGAUAUUUUAGAUCAGUUACGUAGGAACGAUAAAAACACAAUACCAGAAGAAUGGUUUGACCUUGAAGAAGAUAAUACGAAUGAACCAGUGAUAGACUUUAUUUUAAAAUCCAUAGACAGAAAACAAGCUGUGAAUUCUGAACAUGUGUCUAGAAAUUCAAAAACCAAACGCGAUAUAGAACGUUUACAGAAGCGUCAACUAGUGUGCCCGGACCACAUGCCUUCUUCCACGUGCUUUAACAAGGCGUUAAGUUACUAUGUUACACUUUUCAAUACUGUACAUAGACGGAACGCUUCGGGUUGAUAACAAACAAGUAGAAACUUGUUUGUCUUUUUAUUCAAUGUUUUGAUCAGGAAAUUUAAUGCAUUCCUUCUGUUAAAAAGCCUCGAAUUACCAGCAGAGAUGAUAUAAUCAGAUUCCAAAAAUUUAA